UUCUUGUUGUAGUGUUGCGUUGUGUUGUGUGUUUGAAAUUUUAAUUAAGAACUAUGGCGAUGAUGGGGUUACCCAGAAAUUCCUUGUUCCUAAUUCUUGGACUUGCAUUCUACUUUUUCGCAACUCAGCAAGCUAAUGCUUUGAUGCCUUAUCGCUCCAUAUGGGAUAUCAUGCAGCCGGGUGGCUACUCGGAGGACCCGUUUAGGAUCCUGGAACAGAGUCCACUAAGCGUACCGAAGUCGGCGGUGGACACGCUAGCAGUGGCACGAGCAGACUGGAAAGAAACGGAGACGGAGCACGUGAUAUGGAUGGACAUUCCGGGAAUAAAGAGGGAGGACUUAAAGAUCGAAGUAGAGGAGAAUCGAGUGUUGAGGAUAAGUGGAGAGAUGAAGGGGGAAGCUGAGGUGGCAGGGGAGAGAUGGCACCGGGCAGAGAGGAUGAGUUCAUCGGGCAAGUUUUGGAGGCAAUUCAGGCUUCCAGGAAAUGCUGACAUGGAAGGGAUAAAGGCACACUUGGAGAAUGGAGUGUUGAAAGUAAUCGUGCCAAAGUUGCCUCAAGAGAAGAAGAAAGAAGCUAAGGUUGUGAAGAUUGAGGAAGGAGCGAAAUCUGGUGGAGAGGAUCUUAAGGCUACUAAGGCUGCAAUGUAGAAAUGUUAAUGGGUUUUGCAAUAAAAGUGUUCUCUUUUUUUUGUUUUGGUAAUUACCUAUUAAUGUAGAGAAGUUGAAGAAGGAUGUUAACUAGUGGGGUUUUGUCUUCUGUUUGAUAUAUAAUAACGUAAGCUUUGCAUAUAAUUCAAUGGAUAUCUUUUUCUGUUU